GGACUCGGGCUUUUCCGGUCGGACUCGGAAUCGGAGCCCAGAGCCGCUGACUGUUAACGCGCGACAGACACAUCAAUCGGGUCUUGGCUUGCGGUUCAAGGUUGUUGGCUUCCAAUCAAACAAGUAAUAAGAAGCGAAGUAUCCUGCUGCAGCAAUGGACACCGCGAACCAGCUUGCAUCUGUUGGGGCAUUCCAAGUGCUAAAAUUACCUCUGGGAUUUAUCCGUGUUUUGGAGUGGCUCUUUGCCAUUUUUGCAUUUGCAACAUGCGGUGGCUACUCUGGCCAGCUGCGGGUUAGUGUGGACUGCAUGGAGAAGGCCAGCAGCAACCUCAGCAUCGGCAUCGACUUUGCUUACCCUUUCAGGUUGCACCAGGUGUCCUUUGAAGCUCCGGCAUGCGAGGCCAUGAGAAGGGAGCGCGUGUUCCUCAUCGGAGACUAUUCAUCCUCUGCAGAGUUCUUUGUCACCAUUGCGGUCUUUGCCUUUCUGUAUUCCCUCAUGGCCACCAUUGUGUACAUAUUCUUUCUGAAUAAGUACCAUGAAAACAGUCGAGCACCACUCAUUGACUUUGUAGUGACAGUAGUGUUCUCCUUCAUGUGGCUGGUCAGCUCCUCUGCUUGGGCCAAAGCCUUGUCUGAUGUGAAAUUGGCCACUGAUCCAGAUGAGGUGCAGCUCCUCAUCCCUGCCUGCAAAAGUCAGACCAACAAGUGUGGCUCUGUGCAUGGACCGCGCUGGUCCGGCCUCAACACCUCAGUGGUUUUUGGGUUUCUCAACUUUGUUCUUUGGGCUGGAAACAUCUGGUUUGUCUUCAAGGAGACCGUUUGGCACAAGGGUGCUUCAAGGUUUGCGGGUGGGGCGUCUGAGAAACAGGCCGGCACCUUUAACCAGCAGCCCUACAACCAGGGAAGCUUCGACCAGUCAGGAAGCUACAACGCCCAGGGAAAUCUGGGUCAGCCGUCUGAAUACAGCCAGGUGGGAGGACCGACCUCCUACUCCAAUCAAAUGUAGUCGUGCCUUUUCAUUUUAUGAGUGGCACUUGUGCAUCUUAAACCAGGGCAAUCAAGGGGGUGACAGAAGAGGCGGUCAUUAAAAAAGGUGUCAAAAUACACCCUUUGUAGAUACAAGUAGUGUUGGGUAUUGUACAAAAUGAUUAGGUAUAGUAUUUUAGUCCUUCUCCUUCAGAGGUGUUGUUUGCUGAAUGUUGUAUUUCUCGUAGUUUGGAACACAUUAGUGGCAGUUUGUCUCUCUGUACUUGCUAAUUAGCAAACACUGUUUUGACCGGACGUCUUUUUCAAACUGGUUUGCACUCUAUCUUUGAAGGGAAAAGUGCUCUAUGUUUGUAUAAUUCUUGAAGUUUUUAAGUGCAUGAUGUUGUAUGUGUGCUCUCAUGCUGUCUGUGGGGCAAACUGGGGGGGGGACUUGCAGGUUUACACAAAUCACACUGCCCUGGCUCAUUACUGAAUAUUUUUCAGGUAAGAAUUAUACAUCAUUUUUUAAUCUAACAGGAAAUAUAUUUUGAUAAUGGGUAUUUCUAAUUCAGAUAUUGAAUCUGAAUAUAAUUUAGUGAUAUUGUUAUAUUUGUGACAAACACAUUCCAGCUCAUUUCUGUCAUUGGUUUCUGAUAAUGUCAAAAAGUAUAAAAACCUAAAGCAAUAGCUGCAUUCUGCAAAAUACACUAUACAAGGUUUGUGUGGGAAAAGAAAAAAUGUGUAUGCAAACAUUUGCAGUAUGCAGUUUCUGUUUCCAUGAUUUUCACUGUCAUUUUAUCUGAAUGAUGUAAAGAGGGAGAUUGUCUCUCUUAUUGUUUACAAGUGGCCGCUCCUGCUACAAAUUGCUGUGGCUGUUUUCUAUGUUAUCCUCAGACUACUGGCAAAUCCUAAACAUAAGUUACACCUCUUUAAAGCAUGUCCACGGUAUCCAUAUACACAGUUUAAGCCCAGCAAAAAAGCACAUCAGUACCACGGUGAUAAUGGACAAAUAGUGAACAAUGGGCUCAUCUGUACAAAUCCAAGACUGAGCUUCAGUUUUAACAGCACAAUUCACUUUUGUACAACAAGAGUCUCUGCAUUUCUUGUGUUAUAUUGUCAUAAUCAAAAGAUAAUGCUUGGUUGCUGUUUGUUUACAUUGAUAUGAAUUGUGCAACCUUGUUUGUUGACCUUCUAAGCAUGUGGCUUGCAUCAGUGUAAUAAAAUAAACCGAACAUCCAUGUAUGUAAAACAGUCGGACAUCCAUGACAAACGUGUACAGGUCCGUGUACUGAGUGUGGAGGAUAUUUUACAGGGAUUCAUGCAAAUAAAGAUGUACAAAUUUGUCCAUAA